UGCCACGUCUGAGAAAGAACAGUCACCGGUAGGCGGUACAGUUAGGGUAGGUACAGUUAAUAAGUAUUUAGCAUAGUCUUGCAUUUGCACUACAAAUUUUUCAAAGUCCGAAUAAACUGGAGUCAUGGCCUCUCCAAGUCUCCUGGCCCCUGUGUUACUAAGCAUUUUGAUGAUGCAGAGUUUUGUUCACUCUCACUCGCAUGGCGACCACGGCCACGGCCACUCGCAUGGCGACCACGACCACGGCCACUCGCAUGGCGACCACGGCCACGGUCACUCGCACGAGGGUAUAGGGGUUAAAAUGUACCAUGGGGCCAGCAAGUGGAGUGCCGAAGCCAAUCUUCCAUCACCAGAGGAAUUGCACGAUCACGGUCAUGGGGAAUUCCUUGACCAUGGCCACGGGCAUGGCCACCAGCAUGUGGACUCCCAUGCACAUUCCCAUGGGCACGGGCACAGCCACGGCCACAUGGAGCCUGAAAGCCAUAGUCACUCUCAUGGUCAUGGUACAGAUCGGGUGAAGAGGGAUGCAGAGGGAGAGAAGAGGAAUAUGGUGGAACUGUGGAUGCAGGCAGUCGGAGCCACUCUGCUUAUCAGCGCAGCGCCCUUCCUGAUCCUCUUCCUCAUCCCUGUCCAGUCCAACACAGACCAGCACCAGAACCUCCUGAAAGUGCUGCUGAGCUUUGCUUCCGGCGGGCUGUUAGGGGAUGCCUUCUUGCACCUAAUUCCCCAUGCUUUGGAACCACACUCUCAUCAUGGGAAAGAGGACCACAGCCACUCGCAUGCCCACAGCCAGCCACAUGACCAUGGCCACUCACAUGGUGUUGCCCAUGGUCACAUGAUGUCGGUGGGGCUGUGGGUGCUGGGUGGCAUUGUGGCUUUUCUUGUAGUGGAGAAAUUUGUGCGUCUCCUUAAGGAAGGGCAUGGACAUGGUCAUGGACAUUCCCACUCUCACUCCCACAGUGCUGCUCCGAAAGUUAAAGACAGUGAUGGAGAGGAGAAAAAACAAGGAAAAAAGGAGGAGGUGAAACAAGGCAAAAAGUCCAGCACAGAGAAGCGCUCAGAGAAAGAGAAAGGGAAAGAGAAGAGCACAGAUAUCAAGGUCUCUGGCUACCUGAACCUGGCAGCAGACUUCACACACAACUUCACCGAUGGGCUCGCUAUCGGGGCCUCCUUCUUGGUGAGCCCCAGCGUGGGUGCAGUCACCACCCUCACUAUCCUGCUGCACGAGGUGCCACAUGAGAUUGGCGACUUCGCUAUCCUUGUCCAGUCGGGCUGCACCAAGAGGAAGGCCAUGUGUCUGCAGCUGCUGACGGCAUUGGGGGCAUUGGCUGGUACCGCAUGCUCUCUGUUUGCUGAGGGAGUGGGGGCUGCUGCCACAGCUUGGAUCCUGCCCUUCACUGCGGGGGGCUUUGUCUACAUUGCCACGGUGACAGUGUUGCCAGAGCUGCUGGCUGGCCGCUCCACCUUGGGCCAGUCGGUACUGGAAGUCCUGGCCAUGCUGUUGGGGGUGGGCAUGAUGGUGGUGAUCGCUGAGUAUGAGUGAGAGACUAGAGUUAAUAUUGGGAAAGGGUAGAGUGGGGUAGAGGGAGGGGGGUGAGACAGAGCUGUAACCAAGGCGCAGUUUAAAAUGAUAGACGGUGUGAUUACAGGGUAGGAUUUGAGUAAUUUGUGUCCAAGCAGAAGGCGAGCGAGACUGACUAGACAGUGGUGCAGGAAACACCAUGACUCUCAGCCACUGGAAGUGAGGAGUUGAAGUGAGGGCAGCAGUCAGAGUGAUUUGUGAGUGAACCAGUGAGGGGUUGAGAUUGGAGUCAAAAAUGUUCACUUGAUUGGUGGAUGGACUCUCUCUCUGUGGUUCUCCUGUGGGAUUGAAUCAGUUGCGCAAGGUAUGAUGGGAAUUGUAGUCCUCCGUCCAUCUUCUUAGAAAGCACAUCAGUGUCUAACACGUUUGCAAAGGAUAUGGUUUUUAUUUUGCAUAUUGGUACCAUUUGUAAUAGUUUUGCAGUUUGUCUCUGGGGGGGAGUUUUUGUUGUACAAAAAAAGGCAGAAUUGGGAUGUUUAGAAAUGAGUCAAGCGAAGCAAAUGUGAGCUGUAUAAUUUUUGGUUCUAAAAGAUUGUGUAAAAAACAUAUGAUAGAAAAAAUGGACAAAAUAGUUUUUUUUUUUGUUUGUUUGUUUGUCUUUUUUUGAGAAUCCCUCAGGAGAAGGUGUAAAAGGUAUUAUGGACUUCAACAGUUUCAAACAGUUUGUAGUUUUGUAGUACAGUGGGGCUGUAGGAACUUAGCACCUCCCCACUAGAUGGCACCAUGCAACUGGAGUCCAGGGCUGUUAGCUGCCAUGGCUGUAGUUGGGCUCACUGUUCUCCUAUUGCGUUCUGUAAUCCUGCAUCGCACCACUGUGACCUGGACACUCAGCGGACCACAAGCUGCGGGAUCCUGACUGUCUGUGCACUUAUGGAGAGGGUUCUUUUCCCUUUUUUAUGUUUGUUUUUUCUAAUUUUUUACUUUGUUGUUGAUUCCUUUUGUCUUCUGAUGUUCAAGUGUCUGAGACACUGUGUAUGUGAAAUGCUGACAAAUUUAAAUGUUUUUAGAGUGUUGGGGGAAAAGUCACCAUAUCAUGCAUGACUUUAAAUUAGGAAUUGAAAUAAAUUGCAUUGGAGAGGAAGUCAGUGUGGUCCAUACAGUAUAUAACCAGUGGGAUUAGGUCACUGUCAGAUACUAGGCUUGAUUAAUCUGCCUUAGAUGGGUCACACAGACAAUCAUUAUAACUUGUCUGUACGGUAUUAGAAUUUUCCAGUCAAGCACAGGCUUAGUGUGUCUGUGUGUCUAGCACUACAUUUCUGUGAAAGAGGGACCACAUUUCAGUUCUUGUAGGGUCAAAAUAAGGAGGAGAGAUGAGACAGAG